UAUACGCCGAAAAAUAUCAAGUUUUUGGACUUGCUAGCUGGUAGCAUACUGUGGCUACAUUCUAAAGGGGCUCAUAGAGGAUGUGAUGGCGACUCUCGAGAAACGAAACCACGAUGCUAGCUGGCCUGUUAUCAUUGGGGGUGCCUAUCUCACACCAAAUUCCGUCUUCAUGAUCACAUUUUGUAAAAGUAUGGAGUUUACACACAGACGGGGUUUUAUGCUUAAAGUGUGCCCCGGUGUGAUUUGAGCCAGGCAGGCCUGUGUGCUUGUAUGAGCCUCCCAGACAUCCACCGGUAACUGUUAGCUAGACUUAGAAGGAUUGUCCGCACCCCCAUUUUUUACCUUUUUAAUUUAUAACGGAUGCGACACUUUAUUGUUGCUGGCAUCGUUCACUGGGAGUCAAAUGUAACGGCUGUGAAUCCUUCCACUCUCACUGGAAUCAAGACAAAUUUCACAGAAUCAAAUGACUUUCAAAGGGAAUAGUGAAGAGUAGAAAGCUGUCAUUAAAUUAUAUACAAUUAGUCAGUUUUAUGUUGUAACAUGUGCAACCUUUUCCACCAGGAAGAAACAAUAAGGCAGGCUGUCUAUCCAUCCACUGGACAGUCAAUAACUAAAACUGGUACCAUUUCACCACAAAAGAGAGGUCUGUCAUGGGCCUGACAUUUUUUAGAGUAAUUUAUGGUCUAAUUAAAACAGACUACAGUUGCUCUGCAAAUAAGAAUAAUUUGGUCAUAUAUGAACGCAGUCGAGGACCACAGGGGGUGGGGGUCUGAGACCGCGUGAGACAUGGGUUUUGGUCUACCUUCCAGCAGACUUUAGUCCUGAGUGAGGUAGGUGUGAACUACAACCGCACCGGCAGACCAAAACAGCGGAUAUGGUGUCACCAGAUGUGCCUGUAACCAGGCAAUGCAUAGCAACACACAACAGAAAGCUGAGUGAGAAUUAUCAAAAAAAAUAGUUAAAUGUAAACCUAGAAGCAUAAAUAUAGUAGUUAAACAUACCUGGCUCUUGUUAACAAAGCGGUCAUAUUCAUUACACAUUGAAGUUGUUAGAAACACAGUCUGCUUGGAAAAACAUCCCCGAGCACCUUUUUGACAGCUUUACAUAAUUUGUCUUAUUUACAUCACAGCUGGAAAAAAGGAAAGUCGUACAAAUGUACGUUACCCAGAAGACGCCCUGUUGUUUUUGGUGUGUGAGGUUGUCAGACAAUGGACGUGCCACAUACGCAGUCCAAUCGAGGUUUGACUUUAUGCUCAUCUGAGAGCAUUAUUUAGUCCUUACCAAAAAUACAGGUGUGAACGCAAAACGGCCUGCAUUAAAGUGACCAAGUGCAGUGGAACCUUGGUUAGUGGGAUUAAUCCGUUCCAGAAGGUCAGAUUCAAACGGAAAUGUACUCUAACCAAACCAAUAUCUCCCAUACGAAAUAACGCAAAUCCGUUCUGAACACCCAAAAAUGUUAACACAAAACACUACAACGAUCGUUGACAAAGAUGCAGAUGACGAGCAACAAGACAGCUAUACACAUGGACAAAACUUUUGUGUUGUGUAACAAAUUAUUCAAUAUUGUUUCGCAACUUUUUUGUCAAAAUGCUAGCAGUUGUAGCUUUCUUUGGCUACAUUGUGUAUUGUUUUGCAGCCGUCAUCAAUAAGAAAUAGUCAUGCCUUGCUACAUCAUGGUUUGAACAUCACUCCCUCACGCUAUUGCUUUUUUUCGAAAAUGUAUAAAUGACCUCUGUUUCGUGGUUGACUAUGGACUAUUAUUAGUCAAAAUAUUGAAAGGCAAGUUAUAUGUAGUAUUCUGGUCACUAGGUGUCGGUAAUUUUAGAAACAUGAGACAUGACAUAAGAUUAGAUUACCUUCACGCUGCAUGGAGUCAGCCGUGGCAUGGAGUGAAAAGAAGUUCUCCCAUUUCAAGUGAAAGUGGAGCUGGUUCUGGGGCGAGGCCAAAGGACCAGACUCAAUGAGUGUCCAGCGAAAUGUCCGAGAAGUCAGGGCAGAGCACCAAGGCAAAGGAUGGCAAAACAAAGUAUGCAACCCUUAGCCUUUUCAACACUUAUAAGGGCAAAUCUUUGGAAACCCAGAAAACUGCAGUUGCUGCCAGACAUGGCCUGCAGAGUUUGGGCAAAGUUGCUGCCAGCAGGCGUAUGCCCCCUCCAGCCAACCUGCCCAGCCUGAAAGCCGAGAACAAGGGAAACGACCCAAACGUCAACAUUGUCCCCAAAGACGGUAGCGGCUGGGCGUCUCGAAACGAGGGAGGAGAGGAGAGGCAACAGGAGACACCCCCACCCCAGAGCAAACCAGCAGUGCUCCCGCCUCAAGAGCUUCCCACAGGGGCAAGCCGUUCUUGGGCUAACAGCAAGCAGAUACAACUUGAUGGAGCUCCUCGUGUGAGCAGCCACUUCCACCAAGAAUUUCCCAGCUUGCAGGCGUCUGGCGAUGGGGAGAAAGAUGGCCAAGAGGAGGAGCCGUAUGGACCAGGUCCCAGCCUCAGACCUCAAAAUGUUGGCAGUUGGCGUGAAGGUGGUGGAAGAAAUUUGAACGCGGCACCCAGCCCCUCUGAGAUGGACAGCAGGCCACCAGAGGAGGGAAACGCCGGCCCCGAUACCUCCUCACGGCCUGAGGAAGCAGACGAGGCUGGCCGAAAUCUCAACACUGACAGCCAGAGGGAGAAGAGGGAUGGCAGGGAGAAGAUGCCGUCCUCGGGCCUUUCUCAGCCAAAGCUUAACGGUGGACAGCAACCGCCAGCUGGCGUGCCCUCCCACUUCGACCCCACGUUCAGGAGCAUGAUGCCAUCCUAUAUGUUUCACGCAUAUCCUCAAAUGUCAUUUGGCCAAAGGCAAGGAAACCUCCGAUAUCCUGUGGCACAAGAUGGAGCGAAGGGUCCGCCUCGUUUAGCACGACCCCAGCAGCCACCCCCUCAGUCGUGGCUCCAGGAUCCAGACCGACCUUCUAUCAUUAGCGCGACAGAACUCAAAGAGCUGGACAACUUGGACACGGAUGCUGAUGAGGGGUGGGCAGGAGCUCAAAUGGAGGUCGACUACACAGAGAAGCUAAACUUCAGUGACGAUGAGGAGAACCAAGCUGCUAAAGAGAAAGGAGAAAACUGGGAGUGGAUGGGUAAAGUCGACCGUAUGAGACCGCGGCCUCCAGAUGUUCAGGAGGGCUGGAAGGAGGGUUCAGAGGAGCACGAAGUUGGUAAAACAUCAUGGGCGGACUGUGUAGAUCCCAGAGCGCCAUCGCCUGGCAGUGUGGGGCAGUACAACAAAGUGGCUGCCCCACAAGACUACCAGGGUGGUGCUCGUACAGUUAGCGGCGGAGCUCCACGUUGCAGCAAACCACUGGCUGCACCAGGUGCUUCUGCCGAUGAGGACUCUGAGGCCUGGCGACAGAAGCGAAAGAAACCUGAGAUUUCUGAAGCUGUGGAACGAGCCAGGCGGAGGCGAGAGGAAGAAGAGCGCAGGAUGGAAGAACAACGCCUUGCUGCAUGUGCUGAAAAACUCAAACGUCUCAAUGAAAAACAUCGCCAGUCAACUGAGGGCAAAGCUGGCCCGCCGCAGACCACCUGUGAUGAGGGCGUCCUGGGCAUCACUCCACAAGUGGACGCUCCAUCAGUACCUGAUCCUGCAUCCAGUCCUGCACCUUCAAUCUCAGUUUUACAGCCACAGGCCUCUGGAGUGCAGACUCCUCUAACUGAGAGGACGGAUCAGGAUGGGGAGAGGGUCAAGCUAGAACGAGUCGAACCAAGCGCAGAGGAGGAGGUUCCCUUGCCUCACCGGCCACCCUCUCCUGUACAGAGGCCUGUGGUCACAGGUCCUGAGCCUCCCAGCGAGGGGGAAAUCAUUUUGGCUGAGGUCUGUCCGCUCGCCGAUGAGAACCAAACUGAAAGGACAACAGUGCCUAUCCGAGACUAUUUCAACAUGGAGGACAACAAAGUGGAUGAACCGCACCUGUCACUGCCUCUUACGGACGCUCCCAGUGGUGAGGACGUAGCCAUUGCUUCCCCACAGCUGGAGGGUGAGGCGGCUACUGCCAUGCGUCCUUCCCUCACCUCCGGUUACUCAAAGCAGUUCCAGAAAUCUCUGCCACCUCGUUUCCUCAGACAACAGGAGCAAAUGAAGCAGCAGCAGUGGCAUCAGCAGCAACAGCAGAGUGGGGGCUCCGUGUCACCAUCAGGCAGUAGGGUAGAUGGAACGGCACAAAACCAACAGCAGCAACAUCGAUCAAUGUAUCAACCCAUCGGACCGCAUCACCAACACAUGGCCUCCAUGGGCUUCGACCCCCGCUGGCUCAUGAUGCAAUCCUACAUGGACCCACGCAUGGUGUCGGGGCGCCCUCCCAUGGAUAUGCCAACAAACAUUCACACCGGGAGGAUGCAGCCAAAGCAGAUUGCUCGCAGAGAGCCGGGGGACAACUCUAGCUCUAGCUCAGACUCCUUCGACCACUUGACUCGACCCAUCCGUGACCAUGGCUUGCCCUCUGACUCGAGGAUUGUGUGGGGAUCUGACCCAUACCCGCCAUCUGAACCGUUGCCAUCCGUAACGCCUCCUAAAGUGCGGGAUGACAUCAAGGAGCCAAGGAUGGAAUCUGGUUUAGAUCUGGACAGGGGUCUCCCAACAAUGUAUCCCCAGGAACACAGUGCAUUGGACUCCCGUAAAAGUAACUUCUUUAGGGACACCCCUGAGCCCAUACCAACCUUUUCACAGGGCCCAGAUGAUGUGCCUGGACCUAUAGACCGGAUUCCUGUCACCUCAGGCUUCGACCCUGAUGAAGCGGGUCUACCAAGUGGGGAAGAAGUAGAAGCAUUGGGCAAAGCUAUGCUGCAGAGAAGUGUCUCCCAGGGUUCCUGCCACUCCCUUAAGCUGGAUGAGCCCAGGUUUGAUGGGCUACCAUUGGGAAACAAAGCACUAGAGCUGCAGGACACCGUUGACAGGGCCGAUGAUAAGCCUCAGAACGAACUGUACCCACAGAUCGCAGUGACCAGCAACAGGGCCACGCCACCCGCCGACGGACUACACAAACAAGAGAAGUUGCCUCUACCCACUCCUAGUAAACAGAAGACUGAUCUGCGCUGGGGUGGAAGAUCCGGCCUUGGUCGCAGAGAAGGACCCGGUGGGGAGAGACCCCUCCGCAGAUCUGGUCCAAUAAAGAAGCCUGUUCUAAGAGACAUGAAAGAAGAACGAGAGCAAAGAGAAGAGAGGGAGAAGCGUCACGAGAGAGGAGAAAGGGGUGACAGGACCAAAAAGGACCAGUCCUCCAAAGCUCCAACUGUGACUGCCGCUGCCAUCGCCGCCGCUGCUGCUUCAUCUGCAUCUGAAGGCUCCAGACCACAAGGUGAAGCCAAGAAAGAAGCUGCUGAGGCUGAGGAAACUCCAGCUAGCCUCCCCAAAGCCAGAGAGUCCCAAACUUCCUCCGGCGCUCCCACUUCUUCCUCACAGGAAGAGAAAGCUGACAAACCACCCAGCACCGACAAACACUCAGAGCCCAAACUGCCCUUCAGAAAAGAGUCAAAUCUUCCUCUGCGCACCUACCGAAGAGAAGACAGGGAGCGGGACCGUGAGAGGGACAAAGAAAUGGACAAGGAUCGAGAGAGGGAGUGGCCUAUUGACUCGAACUUCAAAGGUCGAGGUCGUGGCGAGUAUUACUCCAGAGGCCGGAGCUUCCGUGGGACAUACAGCGGGCGAGGCAGGGGUGGUCGUGGCCGAAGCAGGGAGUACCCUCACCGAGAACCUCGACCCCGCUCAGAUUUACCUUCUGGUGCAGCUGCAGCCUUCCGGAACAGGGAGGAAAGUGAGACGCGCAGCGAGAGCUCCGACUUCGAGGUUAUACCAAAACGUAGGCGCCGUCGUGGCUCGGACACUGAUUCUGAAAGUGAGGGUGGUAGGGAGUCUGCAAGUGAUACAGGACCUUCAGAUCGUGAGCCUAGCACCAAACCUAGUCGUCCACUUAGACGUGAGCUCCCUGGUGAGGGCCGAUCAGGCCUGCACAAGCCAGGCUUUGGACCUCCUCACAUGGCUGAAAAGAUGGGCUCAAGAAUGGAUGAUGACAGACCCAAACCAGGGUUUCUUCCUAAAGGAGAGCCUUCUCGCCGAGGAAGAGGUGGCUUGUAUAGCAGACGAGGUGGAGCUAGGGAACGAGGAGGCCCUCGCUCCGCCCCUCUUAGAAGGCCAGCAGCCAGAGACUCCUCCUCUCAGUGGCCUUCUAAGCCGAUGGAGACCUUCAGACCCGAGGACAUGGAGUCCACAUCACGAUAUGAUCAUCCGCCGUCUGAGCGACGGCCACCCAGAUCUGACUGCAAGAAAUUUAUGGACGUUGCCCCUCAGAGCAGCAGAGAGAGACCCCGCCGGUCCAGACCAGCAAGACCUCCCAGGCAGGAUAAGCCCCCACGCUUUCGGCGGCUAAAGGAACGAGAGGCUGCAGUUCUAGCAAGCGGAGAUCCGGUCCCGAGUCCCGCUGUCCCUCUACCUCCUGUACCUGCUCCUGCUACUGCUGCUGUCUCCAUGUCUGCACCGGUAUCUGUCUCACCAACUUUGUCGAGAGCACCAGGAACCCCUGUGACUGUUUCUUCUGAAGCAGCAGCACCUGCACCAAGCCUCCCCUCUCCUCUUGAAGCACACUUUUCCGAGACAAGCAGCCCCACCGUCACUGCGGUCGGCACCAAGUCCCCCGAUUUGUCCAACCAAAACUCAUCGGAUCAAGCUAACGAGGAAUGGGAGACGGCCUCAGAGAGCAGCGACUUCAAUGAAAGGAGAGAGCGCGAAGAGAGGCGGGGAGCACAAACUGCUAACAGUGAAGCAGCCACUGCCUCCACCCCGGUGCUCGCACCCCCUCAGGGGUCUCUGACACCCAACAAAAGCCCACCUGAAGGAGUGGUCUCCCCAAAGCGCGAGGGAGUCGCUGCAGGCAAGAGGAGUUUCUCAAGCCAGAGGCCUAUAGAGAGGCAGAAUCGCAGAGGCAACAGUGGGGCCAAACCGGGUCGCAGCUACGCCGGUGCGAAGGGGGAGAGGAGGGGAGGAGCCAAAGGUGGCCGUAAAGGCCCUGCCUCUCAGCAAAACUCUGAGACACCAAUUGCUGGAGGAGCUCAGAGGCCUGCCAAAGAUCAGUCUGCACGACGCAAAGAUGACACCAAGCUGGCUGUCAAGAAGCCCAAAGAGAAUGCUCUGUCUCAGUUUGAUCUCAACAACUAUGCCAGUGUUGUAAUUAUUGACGACCACCCCGAGGUCACCACUACAGAUGACCCGCAGUCCAGCACCAACGAUGAUGGCUUCACAGAGGUGGUCUCUCGGAAGCAACAGAAACGGCUCCAAGAUGAGGAGAAACGGAAGAAGGAAGAGCAAACCACACAGACUUGGGGUAAAAAAGGCUCUGGUGACAAAAACAGGGUUGGAGGAGGAAAACUGCCUCCAAGAUUUGCUAAAAAGCAAUCGUCGCAGCAACAGCAGCAGCAACAUCAGCAGCAGCAGCAGCAACAUCAGCAGCAGCAGCAGCAGCAGCAACAACAUCAGACUUCUUCACAAUCUCAGCCUCCAUCAGCACCAGCCCUGCACACCCAACAACAGCCGCCAGCCGUUUCUGCCCCUCAGCAUCCUCACCUUGCCCCCACCCAGCCAGCUGCCACUUCCCCUCAAACCCUGGAAGUAACGGUGCCGUCCUCCAUCCCGCCAGCUAGUGUAGACUUCACUUCAAAGAGUUUGCCCCCUGCAGCCGCACAAACGCACGGCACACUGGGUACCGAACUGUGGGAAAAGAAAGUAGCAGUUCCCACCACCCUCCCCGAAGUCAAGAAGCUUGGUCCAAUCAGCCCUCCUCAGCCACCUUCUGUGAGUGCCUGGAACAAACCACUGACCUCCUUUACUGGCACAGUAUCGUCUGAGGGUGGUAAACCUGGAGCAGAGGGCAGCGUAGAACUGGCAAUUGACAGUAUUCAGUUUGGGGCACCAUCAUCCGCUGGCAGCACUGACAGUGAUGGUGUGCCGGCUCUGCUAGAGACCACUACCGACAACAAGCUCCCUGCUCCCAAAGAACAGAGGCAAAAACAACCUCGCGCUGGACCAAUCAAAACACAGAAGCUCCCUGACAUGGAGCCGGUGGAAACGAAGGAGUACAAGCCAGGUCCCAUUGGUAAGGAGCGCUACCUGAAGAACCGCAAGGCGAAAGAUGCUCGUGGAGGCGAAGGUGAGGGGAUGGAAGGAGGGGUGCCGGGCGGAGGUGUCAGCAGGGCCGCAGAGUCCAGUCCUACGGCCAGUGACGCCACCGUGCCCGAGCUGGGAGGAGAUAUUGAGGGCAUGAUCACAGUCCCCUCGGCAGAGUACACCAGCAACUCCAAAGAGUCCGUCACAGACUACACUACCCCUUCCUCCUCUCUCGCAGAUAGUGUUCCAACGGGAAGCAAUAAAAUGGAAGAGAGUCUGGUAGCCAAUGUGGCACUACCACACUCUCUGCCUCUUCCUCGACGAGAGACCCUGCAGCAGAGCUCUUCUCUCAGCACAGUCUCCCCAGCCACUGUUGACCUAACACUAAAGAUGGAAUCGGCUCGCAAAGCGUGGGAGAAUUCGCCAAGUUUGGAGAAGAACUCCCCGGUCACCUCUUCCUCCUCCCCCAUCACAUCCUGCGCAGCCUCAUACUCAUUCUCCUCGGCGUCCAUGCCACAGAUCCCUGUGGCUUCCGUUACACCCAGCACCUCGCUAUCAGGUUCGGGCACAUACACGACGUCGUCCCUCGGCACCAAAACCACCACCGCCUCUGAUCCGCCCAACAUCUGCAAGGUGAAGCCCCAGCAGCUGCAAGGUGGAAGCCUGGCCUCGUCCAGCAGUAGCAGUGGCUUUUCCCAGCUGGGUUGUGUGCCCCCACUGCUGCCUCAGCAGCAGCAGACCCCACAGGUGUACGUAUCUCAGUCUGCAGCAGGUUCUGCAGCUCAGAUUCCAGCCUUCUAUAUGGACACUAGCCAUCUCUUCAGCACCCCCCACCCUCGCUUGGCUCCUCCCUCUUUGGCACAGCAACAAGGCUUCCAGCCAGGCCUCUCGCAGCCAACAGCAGUGCAGCAGAUUCCCAUCCCAAUAUACGCUCCCCUGCAAGGCCAGCCUCAGCACCAACACACACACCAGGCCCAGCUCGGGCUCGGCACCGGCCCACCAGUCUCGCAGCCUCAGGACCUGUUCAGCUCCGCACUGCAGCCUUACAGGUCUCAGCAGGCUUUCAUGCAGAGCAGUCUGUCACAGCCGUCCAUGAUGCUGUCAGGGCCCUCCCUGCACAGCUAUCCCGGCGUGCAGGCGCCCGAGCUAGGAAAGCCUCAGUCCAGUCUGGCCUACCAGCAGCCCUCGUCCACACAGCACAUCCCCAUCCUGUUUGAGCCACAGCUCAACCAGCCUUCUGGCAUGGGGGGCUCCCAACUCAUUGACACCCACCUGCUGCAGGCUCGACAGGGGAUGAAUCAGCAUUCAAACAUGUACUCUGGGCAGGUGCAGCAACAUGGCCAGAGUAGUUACUACAGCAACACCCAGUCUCCCUCGUCUGCAAUGCAACAGGUGACGGUCCCCCUGCCAGGUUCCCAACUCUCACUGGCCAACUUCGGCUCGGGUGGAGGUCAGCCCCUCCUGGCGAUGCCUCCCACCCCACCCCAGGCGCAGCCACCCAACAUCAACCGACAGCCUCCUGUCUCCCAGCCGUACCGAGGUCUCAUGGGUCCCAACCACAGCAUGAUGCAGCCUCCCACCAGCAAGAUGGACAUGGAUCUAAAACUCUUUGGUGGUGGGAUGGACGUGAAGCCCGGAACGCCUCCAGUCAGUGCUAGGAGCACGACGCCCACAUCUAGCCCGUACAGGGCAAGCUCCACCUCCCCCAGCAGCCAGUCUGCAAAGAUGAACAGCAUGUUGUACCAGAAGCAGUUUCAACCCAACUCUGGCAGCAUGAGAAUGACUCAGCACUUCCCAGGACAGUUCAACCCACAGAUGCUGUCCCAACCCAACUUGGUGUCCCCCCUGGUGAGAGCACCUCACGCCAACUCCUUUACCGGAGGGGUCCAGCGGUCAGCCAUGGGGCCUCCGAUGACUGCCAACGUGGGCGGCGGCCUGGUGCCCCAUCCCAGACCUCAGCAACACUCGCAGCACAGCCAACACCCUCCCCGAGGGCCCGGUGGCCCUCCUCUGGCUCCUAGAGGAAUGCAGGCCGCCCUGAAAGCUGAGCAGGACCUAAAGGCUAAACAGCGGGCCGAGGUUCUGCAGUCCACUCACAAGUUCUUCUCGGAGCAACAGCAGCUCAAGACUCCACAAGCCAGCAAGGGAGUUAAGCCCCCGCUGGAUGUCCCAGCGUCCAACCACCAAAUGGGAAGUGAGCGUCCCGAUGCAGACAAGCCGCCCGUCUCCUCGGCAAAGCCCAUACGGACCGGGCCCAUCAAACCGCAGGCCAUCAAGCCAGAGGAGGGCAAGUAGAGAACAGACGGGAGAAUCCAGCCACUCUGUCACCACCUCUUUGUGUGUGCUUGUGUAUGUGGGGGAGGAACGAGAGCCGGAUCAGGGCGGUGUCCCAUAUGGAGGUGUGACUGUUUGACUCGGAUUUGUUUGCUCUUUUUCAGAAAUGGCUGCUCAAAUUGCUCCAUAGAUCUACUGUGACAGUAGAUGACAAAAGAAUCAAUGAGAUUUGCUGCUGAGUUUUUUUUUUUUUUUUUUUUUUUUUUAUAGCUCUUUUGAGUUGAACUCCUUUCUUUUUAAACAUUUUUUGCCUAAAUAGGACCACUUUGGACCUGUUUAGUUCACGAAAGAAUCAAUCUGCUUUUGUUUUUUUGUAGUACAAACAAUCUUGUGGAAGAGAAACGGUUUAACUAAUCCAGAGAUUUGUGCGCUUUCACUUGACGGUUUCUCGCACACACACACACACACACACACACACACACACACACACACACAUCCCCUCCCACAAAGCCCCGUCAGGCUCAGGCUACACAACGUGAAAUCCAUCUUUUUUUCUUUUUUAUGUGAAAAGUGCAGCAGUUUAUUUGAAUCACAGAGGUUGAUCUGUCAUUUCAGUGAGCAUUUGCUCCUGCCUUCCGCUCUCUCUCACUCUCCCUCUUUCUCGUCUCCUUGCCUGUGCGUGUGUGAAUCUGUGUGUGAGAUGCAUUUGUAAAGGGGGGAGAGGCACGCUGGACACUCCCGUAUAUUUAGCCAAAGGUUAAAAAGCGCAGGGAUGACGUCGUAGCCUUUUAGGAUGGCUUGUUGAUGAUUGAACUCUCACACACACAUACACACUUUCAGUUAAGCAGCCCGACCUGCUACUCGUGUUUGAUUUCAGUGCCCUAAGCUGGAUUUGAGACAGUCAGCCAUGUCAGGGCUGUUUGUUGACACGAUAGACGUGGCGUUGAACCCUCACAACAACAAAAACAAGACUUCGAAGGAGGUGAAAUGUGAAUUAUGCAGCAUGUAUGGGCAGAUGGACACUUCCUGUUUUUUUUUUUUUUUGUAUUACUGAU